GGUCACACCUUGUCAUUGAGAAAAUAAUCAGCCAGCCCAAACCGAAGUAAGCGAACGGAUUCCAUUGUCAACUCAACUGGCUUAAGUGCUGUUAAAAGGCGUAGUUGGGAUAGAAAACAGGAGCGCAGCUAGUUAAGAAACAGUUUCCCCCGUAUUAACGCUCAUCCACAUAGUCACCAUGAAGGCCACUUGCCAUCUCGUGCGGGUCCUGCAUUUCUACACCCUGGACCAGGGUAAAAUAAUACCCAAGGAGCUGAAGGACUAUCUGCAGUAUGUGGCCAUAACCGGGGACAACAUCUUCACGUGGUCUAGUCUGAAGUAUCUGUUCCACCAGAUGCUCCGCAAUGCGCUCGUAAACUUCAACGGAGACUGUCCGCCGGCGGAGAUCCCCCCCUGCCCACAAAAUGGGCCAUUCAACUAUGAGAGAAUGAAGAAUUUGCUGCAGCAGCGCAUUGAUUACUUCGAUGUCACUCCUCACAACAUACAGCGUUUUUGCGAACUGCUGCUCGAGCCACGCAAGAAUUACUCGCGCGUCGACAAGUAUAUGCGAGCUGUGGAGAAGUCCCUUUGGGGGUACCACGAAACGGAUCCGGAGCCGAAGCGCAUAGAGAUCGACGUUCUCGAUCCGACGAGAUGGAACCACCUUGAGAAGGACCUUGAGAAGUUGAGCAAAUCAAACGCCGAGGAGGACUCAGCGCCUAGCUGCAGUUCGCAGGGUGGUGCUCAGAAAACUAGCCAUCCGCAGUCGGACGCCAAUGAACAGCCCAAGGCAAAGAAGAUCAAGAAGUCCAAGAAGGUCAAGAAGGAUAAGAAGGAAAAUAAGGACAAGGAUAAGGACAAGAAGGACAAGGACAAGAAGGAAAAGGACAAGAAAGCCAUGGACAAGAAUUUAAAGGACAAGAAGGAAAAGGACAAGAAAGACAUGGACAAGAAUUUAAAGGACAAGAAGGACAUGGACAAGAAUUUCAAGGACAAGAAAGACAUGGACAAGAAUUUAAAGGACAAGAAGGACAUGGACAAGAAUUUCAAGGGCAAGAAGGACAAGGACAAGAAGGAUAAGGACAAGAAUUUAAAGGACAAGAAGGACAUGAACAAGAAUUUCAAGGACAAGAAGGAUAAGGACAAGAACUUCAAGGAAAAGAACAAGAUUUGCAAGGACAAGAUUUUAAAGGACAAGACUUACAAGGACAAGAAGGACAAGAAGAAAGGGGAGAAGCCCAGCAGUAGUUGCCUCUAUGGUGAUAUUUUAUAAGGGGUUACAUAAUGUUUCUUGUACAAAAAUAGCAAAAUUAUAAAUAUUCCCUCAGAGCUUAUUGUGGCCCUUUAUCUUUUAGAGCAGAAAAACCGGAUUCAGAAAAUAACGAUCCCUAUCAA